AUGACUGUGGAUGAUGUUAUUUAUAUAGGUCCAUCCUGCUACUCUCCGUUUCUGGGCAAGUGGUGUGGUCAGUCCAACCAGACACUGGUCAGCACAGGUCAGGAUAUGUUCCUGGUGUACGUUGAUGGACGAAGAUACACCUCGCUGCCCUGGACAGUACAAUAUAGGAUGACCGAAUCAGAUGCCGCUCCUGCAGUUGCUCCACAGACAGCAUCCAGUUCCAGCCAAGCCGGUGUCGUUGUUGGGUCGGUGUUUGGCGUUGUGUUGUUAAUUUUAGCCGUAGUGGGUGCUCUAAUUACGUGGAGAAUGUAUCGCAGAAAGGACAUGUCAUCUUACCAGAACCAAGACAUCAUUAAUCAGAGUGAAGCGGGUAGUUCUGUAUCUAUGGUGACGCCAGCAGCAUUCUCCAAUGGUGCUUACGAAGAAGUCAAGUCACUAGAGAGUGGCAAGGAAACAGUUGCUGCCCAUGGCAACGUGUAUGAAACGCCUAACACCGAUAAAAACCCACAGUUCCAACCUGAUCUGUACACGUCGCUCUAUCAGGUACUUGACCCUGGUUUAUCCAAGGAUAACAAAUCGGUGACCUACGAUAACCAAGUCCGAUACAGCAAGGGGGUUUCGGAGAUCUAAGUUGAACGCUAUUAGCAUUGAAAUAAAAACUUGAAUUAUGA